CGCACCAACACGGUGCCCCCCUCUGCUCUCUUACUCAAAAUCCAAAAAGUCUAACCCUAACCAGUAACCACCGUCUUGGCCGGCCAUCUACCACCCACAGCUCAAGAUUUCACGGUAACGCACUCACAAGUCAUCAUCAGCUGCGACACCAUUGUAGUGUCGUCAAAAUUGACAAUGCCGAAGCGGAAGCAAAGGAAAGUAGAAGAAGAGGACUCAACAAGAACAGGAACCCCCAAAAUAGACCUAAUCAGUACCUUACCGGAUUCCCUGCUUUGCCACAUUCUCUCGUUCCUCCCAACAAGAUGUGCCAUGGCCACCAGCGUCCUCGCUCGCCGGUGGCGCCACCUCUGGAAGGAUGUUCUAGUCUUGGACUUGGACAAUAGUAAACAUAGUCCUUAUUAUCUGCCUGGUGGGACACAUCGAUUCAUUGCUUUCGUCAAUGCAGUUUUAGCUCAACGCAAGGCUCCCCAUGUCAAGAAGCUUCGCCUCGCUUGUGAUAUACCUAGAGGUGAAAAGAAAACCAUCAAAACAUGGAUUCAUACUGUUGUUGGACCCCACCUCCAAGAGCUGUAUCUCGAUUUAUCUCUCCCUUGCAAUGAGUUUGGAAAUCGGGAUAUCAAAUUGCCUGAAGAGGUAUUAACCAGUGCAUCACUCGAAUCCCUUGUUUUGAAAGGUCAUAUGAUUUUGACUGUUUAUGAUGGAUUUGUUGAUUUGCCAUCCCUCAAGAACCUGGAGUUAGAUCUCAAUUAUGUGGACCCGGAGUUUGUUUUAGAUGGUUGCUGGGCUCUUGAAAAUCUCAAGCUCACUUUACAUGAAUCCUUCCCACUUAAUGCGAGCGAUCCUCCUGUAAUCCAAAUGCCUGGUUCGUUGAAGCGUUUAACCUUAAUACAGGCUGAUGACACCGAAGAAGAUCUUAAUGAUAUUGAGGAUCUUGUGAUAGACACCCCAUUACUUGAAUAUCUAAGUAUCACAUUAUGGGCAAGAUGUUUACAGGUUUCAAUUAGCAAUUAUCCAAACAUGGUGGAAGCUCACCUUGAUAUUGAUCAAGACAAAGAGCAGGUUGGUUGGAUGCUUGAGCUUCUCAAGGCACUCCGCCAAACAAAACUGUUGGACUUGAAACUUUCCACUAUGGAGUGCUUGCUUGUUGCGCCUGCUUUUGAAUUGCCAGAAUUUUCCCGUUUACUUAAUCUAGAGCUUGAAAUUCCAUACUUCAACUCUGGAUUUCUGAUAAAGUUGCUUCAUAACUGCCACAUGCUUCAAGUUCUCACUCUUCAUAAUCGGGAGAAAGUUUCUACUGUGGAACCUGAGGAACCUAAUUGUUGGACACUGCCAAUGAAGGAUCCUGAUUGUGUUAUAUCACAUCUCAAGAUUUUUGAAUUUAAAGGAUAUCAAGACUCUGCAGAUGAACAUGCAUUUGUUGCAUAUCUUUUAGAGAGAGGACCUAUUUUGAAGACAAUGAAAAUCCAUGCUCAUCGUAGUCUUGGCCUAAAGUAUAAACAUCGCAUCCGCCAGGAAUUAUCUACCAUACCCAGGAGCUCCAAAACAUGCAAAUUAAAAGUUACCUGAGUAGCCAACAUUAUGUAUGGUACAAUCUCUCACCAUCUCUAUUCUCUCUGUGUUUUUGCCUUAAAAAUAGUUUUAAAUGAAAGACUGCAUCUUUGGUCCAAUUUAUGUGUCAAUAUCACUUAUUCACUUGUGUUCCUCAAAUAUUUGUUGAAGCUUUUGAUUGCUUUUUAUAAGGAUUAAUUUGUCUGGUCUGAUUCCUUGGGCAUUGAAAAAUGAGCUCUUCAAAUGAUUGCUGGGGUUUGGUUUGGUGGUUUUGGAAUUGGCUUGUACUUUCUUCCUUUAUGUCAAUAAAAAUCUCUGACUUGUUUGAUGUUUGUUUCACAAAACAUACAGGCCGUUUUAUACGAAUAUAUUAGCAAUAUAGUAAAAUCGUUUAUUGUUUAUUAAUUGUGAGUAUUUUAUCCCCAAAGUUAUGUUAUCCACUAUUCCACUGUAUUAUAUUUUUGCCCUUUGAUAUAUACUCUGCUGUUUAAUUAAUUUAUUUAGUUUUAACACGUAGAGCUUUAUAUAUUGUUUCCAUGUAAACAGUUAUUCAAACUCUAAAUGUCAUGGUUAACGGUUUCUCUAACUCGGAAUUGACUUUAGGUAACUCUUUAUUGAAGAAUUUCAUAGCACAAUAUUGCAGCCUAUAUUAUUAUGCAUUUGCCAGUUUUGUUUUAGUCUUGCCUAUAUCAUCAUGUCAUCAUGCCCAUGGUGCAGUCCUUUUUAGCAUUACUAGAAAUUUAUCUCGGUGCCUGGUUUGCAAUGCAACAAGUCUAUGGUCAAAAGAUUAUUGUUUAGUUAAUCAUAAGCUUUUAAUUUCAAUAGAAAUGACAUUCAAGAGGCAAUAUUAUUGUUUAAUCUAACUAUUUCGGUGGUGAGAAUAUUGAAGAUCAGGUACACAAGCUUCCCUCCUCUUUUGGUUCGGGAAGGGUGGAUGCAUCAACCUUUCCCCUAUAAUGCUCAAAUCAUCAUAUGUAUUUAACACUUUUGAGUAGAUGACAGCUUCCUUGCCUUGUAGUAAUGUGUAACUAACUCUUGCUAUAAUGGACAAUUGGAAAUAGAUGUAAUGGGAUUAGAGGAACUUCCACCAUAUGUUUUGAUACAUAUGAAUGAUAUGAUGUAUAGUAUUAAUGCAUGCUUUUCAAAACUAUGAUUA